AUGACCACCAUCCGUAUGCUACUCACGCUUGCUGUCAAUAGAACCUGGCCAAUUCUUCAGCUCGAUGUUUCUAACGCCUUUCUACAUGGCGAUUUACCGGACGACGUCUACAUAACUCAACCACGCGGAUUCGAAGAUCAAACUCAACCAAACGCAGUUUGCAAACUUGACAAAUCCUUAUACGGGCUCAAGCAAGCACCCCGCCAAUGGUUUCAGAAAAUCACAUCUUUCUUACAAACUCGAAAUUGCUCGAAACAGAUCAACAAUCUACUCCACGACCUCCGCUCUCAAUUUGCUCUCAAGCAGCUGGGACAGAUCAAUCUGUUUCUCGGCAUUCAGAUAAGCCGCACUAACACUGGAUUUUUUCUUCAUCAAGAACACUACGCCUCCAAGCUCCUACAGGAAGCAGGAUUCACGGACUGCAAAUCGUGUCCGACACCCAUCACACCGGCUACCAGACACCCGCAGCAAUCCACCGAAUUAUUUCACGAUCCUUCCAUGUACAGACGCCUCACCGGAUCUCUUCAGUAUCUUACGAUUACUCGACCGAACAUCGCGUACGCCACCAAUCAAGUCUGUCAGCAUAUGCAAACUCCGACCACUGCUGAUUUCAUACAACUCAAACGGAUACUACACUACAUCAAAGGAACAUCAUCCUUUGGUUUACCGAUCACGCCCGGCGACACAUCCCUCCAGACAUACACAGAUGCUGAUUGGGCAGCGGACAUCGCCGAUCGCAAGUCAAUUUCCGGCAUCUGCACUUUCAUGGGACCGAACCUCCUCUCAUGGUCAGUCAAGAAACAAGUCACCGUUGCCAAAUCUUCUACUGAAGCGGAGUACCGUGCUCUGUCAGCUGCAACGUCGGAGGUUAUUUGGCUUCGCCGUCUAGCCGAGGAGCUCCAACUAGCAUAG